UAAUUGACGCUUAGAUGAAAUUUUCUUCUGUUUUAGCAGGCAUAUGGUAAUUUUGAUUGUCAGUCCAGGGAACAUUUUUUGAGCAUCUACUACUAUCAGGAAAUAUACAAGGUAGAAAAAAAUGAAUGACUGCUCUUAUUCCUAGGUCAUUUCUGGUCUAAUAGGAGAAAUGAACACAUGAACAGUUUUAGUAUGCUUGUUUAAAAAAAUCAUAGAGUUUCCUUGGGAUCACCGGAGUGUGUUCAGCUUAGGGUGUGUGUGAGAGUGUGGUACUGAGAACUGGUCGAGAGGUUGUAAGAGUGUUGUCAGUGGAAAGGGAAAGCCUUCUUAAAGAAGCUAAUACUGUUUUUAUUUCACAAUUCUUGGGAUGAAAAAACCAAACUUGGCUUUCUUUUUAAAGUUAUAAGCCAAUCACUUAACGAGAAUUUAGAAAAAGUUUAAUACCUCUUUAAUGCUUACAGUAUCUCUAUCAUGAGUUAUUUUUUUUACUAUUCCUGUUCUAUUUUAUAGAUGAGGAAGGAGGUAGAAGUGGUUACAGUGGAAGAUUUUCAAGUUUUUUAAUCAAGGAGGGACAGACAGUAGCUUACAAGACAGUAGAUUUAUUACAAACAGAAACAGCUCAAAGGAAACUGAUUUUAUUUUGUAUGUAGUUCUGUAUUUCUGAUGUAGACAAGUAUAGUUGGUCUGGGCAUUUUAUGCUUAUAAAUCAGUUGUAGAGAAAAUCAGAGAAUGUGAUUCUAAUAGAUUGAGAAAAAUUGUAAAAUUCUGAGUUGUAUGUGUAACAUUAUUUUGGGGGAAACAUUAUUUUUAUGUGGACUGCUUAUUAAAGGCAAGGAGAGUGUUAGUAAAGAGCUUAGCUGACUAGAUUAGAACAAAGAAAUUGUCUCUUCCCAUCUGUCCUAAUUAGCUUAUCUCUCCUGCUCUCAUAGCAUGUUCGUUAUUUCAGAAAAGAAGGGAGAGUUACUUUGAAAGGACACCAUUUUUAUUCAGCUAAUUUAUAAUGAUUUUGGAAUGGUUGUCAGUUCUCAAACAUAAACUUAUAAAUGUUAGACUUCUUCUGUAGCAGUUUGUUACUGGACGUUUCAAGGCUUUUCAAGUUACAGAUUUUGGCCUCUCCUCCUCCUCUUGGUUUUGGCUCAAAUGAUUAUGUUUCCUCAUUUUGGGAAGAUUUCUCUGUGUAUUUUGAUAUUUGUCCUGAUAGAAGGAAACCGUCCAUCAUUAACAGCACAAACCUCCUUAUCUUUAGAAGAGAUCCAAGAACCCAAGAGUACAGUUUCUUUUCUCCAGACUGACUCAGAAUCCACAGAUUCUUCUCUACCUGCUAAAAAGAAACAGCCUCUGGACAACAGAGAAAGUGAGAGACAUUGGUUGCUCAGAAGAAAGCGAUCAACUUUAUUUCCUAAUGGUGUGAAAACCUGCCCAGAUGAAAGUGUUACAGAGGCUGUGGCAAACCACGUGAAAUAUUUUAAAGUCCGAGUAUGCCAGGAAGCUGUCUGGGAAGCCUUCAGGACUUUUUGGGAUCGACUUCCUGGGCGUGAGGAAUAUCAUUAUUGGAUGAACUUGUGUGAGGAUGGAAUCACGACUAUAUUUGAAAUGGGCACACAUUUUAGUCAGUCUGUGGAACACAGAAGCUUAAUUAUGCAGAAACUGACAUAUGCAAAGGAGACCGUAAGUGGCUCUGAAUUGUCAUCUCCAGCUCCUGUUGGUGACAUGUCAACGCUGGGAGAUGCUGGUCUCAGUGCUCCAUAUCCAGGGGUGACCUCCUAUGACGGGAUCUCAGAGAGCAGCUUGGAGAGGCCAGAAGACAGUAUUAGCAAUGAAAUUGAGACUGUGAUAGAAGAAUCCACAAAACCAGCCACUGAGCAGGUUGCAGAAUUCAGUAUCCACCUUUUGGGGGAACAGUACAAUGAAGAACUACAGGAUCACUCCAGCGUUCACCACCAGCGCCUUGUAGAAGACUUUAUUUCAGAGGUGGAAAAUGCAUUUACUGGGUUACCAGGCUACAGGGACAUUCGUGUACUUGACUUUAGGUCCCCUAAGGAAAACGGCAGUGGCAUAGAUGUUCACUAUGCGGUUACCUUCAAUGGGGAGGCUAUCAGCAAUACCACCUGGGACCUAAUUAGCCUACAUUCCAACAAGGUGGAAAACCAUGGUCUUGUAGAACUGGAUGAUAAGCCCACCGCUGUUUAUACAAUCAGUAACUUCAGAGAUUAUAUUGCUGAGACACUGCACCAGAAUUUUUUGCUGGGGAGCUCUUCUUUGAAUCCAGAUCCUGACUCCCUUCAGCUUAUCAAUGUGAGAGGGGUUUUACUUCCCCAGAGUGAAGACCAAGUUUGGAACACUCAAAGUUCAAGUCUUCAGCAAGCCCUACCGUCUAUUUUGGAUAAUACCCCUCAAGCUGAAUGGCCCUCAGCAGAUGAAUCCACCAUGAGCAGCAGUUCACCACUUGGUUUCAGCCCUGGCCUUCCUUCAGCCACUGGCAGGGAACUCUGGUCAGAAAGCCCUUUGGGUGAUUUAGUGUCUACAUCCAAAUUAGCCUUUCCCUCGAAGGUGAGCCUCAGUCCUUCCCCAGAGGUUUUAGACGUUAGCGGCUUGACUCUUCAUUCUGUCACCCCAGCAGUGCUUCAGACUGACCUGCCUGUGGCUUCUGAAGAAAGGACUUCUGGGUCUCACGCAUUAGAAGAUGGAUUAACGAAAGUUGAAGGGUCAGAAGAUUUUCUUUCUGUUAAUCCAUUGCCUUCAAGUCCAUUUACUUAUCCUGUGCCAAAAGAAACACCACGAUCCAUGGAAGACUCUGGGGUAUCUUUGCUAUCCUCACCAUAUCCAGUCUCCUCUGUCACAUUUGAUCUUCUUGCUAAAGAAGUAACUACACCGUUUGGCAUGGACUCCUUGGCCUCCAAAGUCAAAGACCAAUUGGAAGUGAGCACUUGGAUGCCAGACACAACUAUGGAAAAAGAGUUCAUGUUUGAAAGUGGUUUGGGUUCAGGGUCUGGGCAAAAGGUAGACCUGAUUACUUGGCCGUGGAGUGAGGCUUCAUUAGAGAAGAGCACUGAACCAUUGUCCAAGUCGUGGCUUGAAGCAGAGGAUUCACUUUCGCUAACUGAGGGUAUAGAUGUGAAACUAGUUACAGGUGACAAAAUAGAUUCUGCAGAUCAACCCACUGAGCAUUCAGAAUAUGGGCCUUUUGAUGGGUCCACAAACUUUGCAGAAGAUGAGCCCCUCGGUAGACCUACUGUGUCCCUCUUUGCAGAGACCACAACUCAGUCUGCAUCUCCAAUUCUACCCAAGCACACAUCAGAAAUACCUGACACUGAUUAUUACUCAGUUACCAAACCACCUCCUCUGCUGACAUUUGUGGCAGUCUCUGCUUCUACUGAUAAAGCAGAUCAAGUAGAACCCUUUCUAAAGGAGGAUAUGGAGCAGACUACAGAGUCAUUUAACCGUGAAUGGUUUGACAGCAAGAUUUCAAUAGUGAAGUCAGAUACGCAGCCUUUGAGGACCACAGUGCCAGAGUCAGAUGUCAUUUGGACAAGAACUUCUCCCUUAGGGAAACUGUCCAGAGACACAUUGGCAAGUACACCACCGAGUACUGACAAGCUCUGGUUGACAGCUUCUAUGACACAGUCUACCAAAUUGUCUUCAGCCAUAAGCUCCACCCUGCUGGAAGAUGAAGUCAUUAUGGGUGUACAGGAUAUUUCAUUAGAGUUGGACCAGAUAGGCACAGAUUACUAUCAGCCUGAGCCAAUCCCUGAGGAAAGUGGCAUGGUUGGUAAUUAUGUGGAAAUGUCUACAAAUAUUCACUCCACAGAGAUGGCUGUUGUGGCUCAACCCACAAGAAGUGAUGACUUGAGUCAUACCCAAGCUGUAGGAGCUGUGGUGGUUUUCUUCAGCCUCAGAGUGACUAACAUGAUGUUUUCAGAAGAUCUGUUUAAUAAAAACUCUUUGGAGUAUAAAGCCCUGGAGCAAAGAUUCUUAGAACUGCUGGUUCCCUAUCUCCAAUCAAAUCUCACUGGAUUCCAAAAUUUAGAAAUCCUGAACUUCAGAAAUGGCAGUAUUGUGGUGAACAGCCGAAUGAAGUUCACCAGGUCUGUCCUUCCUAACGUCACCAAUGCUGUCUACGUGAUUUUGGAGGACUUUUGCACUACUGCCUACCAAACCAUGAACUUGGCUAUUGACAAAUACUCCCUUGAUGUGGAAUCAGGUGAUCAGGCCAACCCUUGCAAGUUUCAAGCAUGCAAUGAAUUUUCUGAGUGUUUGGUCAAUCCCUGGAGUGGAGAGGCGGAGUGCAGAUGCUACCCUGGUUACCUGAGUGUGGAAGAGCUGCCCUGUCAGAGUCUCUGUGACCUACAGCCCAACUUCUGCUUGAAUGAUGGGAAGUGUGACAUCAUGCCUGGACAAGGGGCCAUUUGUAGGUGCCGGGUGGGUGAGAACUGGUGGUAUCGUGGCGAGCACUGCGAAGAGUUUGUGUCUGAGCCCUUGGUGAUCGGCGUCACCAUUGCAUCCAUGGUUGGACUUGUCCUCGUUUCUUCUGCUGUGGUCUUCUUCAUCAUCAAGGCUCUUCAAGCUCAGUAUGUUAGGAGGGAAAGAGAGAGAUCCUCCAGCAGGCAGCCUGAUGGCCUCUCAUCCAUAGAAAGUGCCGUGAAGCACAACCCCGUAUUUGAGAGUUACGAGUCCGACCUCGAGCGGUAUGAGGGCCCCUACCCUCCGCGGCCCUUCUACAGCUCCGCAGACAGAGAGGUGAUCGCUGGUCUGAGCAGGGAAGAGAUCAGACAGAUGUAUGAGAGCAGUGACCUUUCCAGAGAGGAAAUUCAAGAAAGAAUGAGAAUUUUGGAACUGUAUGCCAGGGAUCCUGAGUUUGCAGCUUUUGUCAGAGAGCAUCAAAUCAGGGAAGAGCUUUAAUCAAAACUCAUAUUUGCAACUGAUUAGAAGCCUAGAGAAGAUGGAGAUCGCUCAUUACAUCAUAUUAAUUAACCUGGAUUUGGAACUCUGUUGAAAGAAGAGUUUUCUAUUAAAAAACUAAAUCUGGGACUCAAAAUUUUUUUCUAGUUUAAAAUUUUAGAAUUUGGCCGGAGAUGUGAUGGUAUUUAUAUCUGCAAAGACCAAAAACUGUAUUUCAGUUCAGUCACUCAGUUGUGUCUGACUCUUUGUGACCCCAUGGACUGCAGCACGCCAGGCCUCCCUGUCCAUCACCAACUCCUGGAGUCUACUCGAAGUCAUGUCCAUUGAGUAGGUGAUGCCAUCCAACCAUCUCAUCCUCUGUCGUCCCCUUCUCCUCCUGCCUUCAAUCUUUCCCAGCAUCACGGUCUUUUCAAAUUGAGUCAGUUCUUCACAUCAGGUGGCCAAAGUAUUGGAGUUUUAGCUUCAGCAUCAGUCCUUCCAAUGAAUAUCCAGGACUGAUUUUCCUUUAGGAUGGACUGGUUGGAUCUCCUUGCAGUCCAAGGGACUCUCAAGAGUCUUCUCCAACACCAUAGUUCAAAAGCAUCAAUUCUUCAGUGCUCAGCUUUCUUUAUAGUUCAACUAUCACAUCCAUACAUGACUACUGAAAAAACCAUAGCUUUGACUAGACGGACCUUUGUUGGCAAAGUAAUGUCUCUGCUUUUUAAUAUUCUGUCUAGGCUAGUCAUAGUUUUUCUUCCAAGGAGCAAGCGUCUUUUAAUUUCAUGGCUGCAGUCACCAUCUGCAGUGAUUUUGGAGCCCCAAAAAAUAAAGUCUGCCACUGUUUCCAUUGUUUCCUCAUCUAUUUGCUAUGAAGUGAUGGGAAGCUAUAUUUAAAGGGAAUUAAAACUGUGUGAAUUCUGGAAAGUUUUCUAUAAGGAAAAAGCUGGGUCUGGGAAUUGGGGAUAUAUUUGCUAUCUGCUUCUGAGUCUCUGAGGGUGUCUCUUCAUAAAUGUGCCUCAGGUUUCACAGCGGGAAGACAAGGUGAGACUCUUACCGGAGGCAGUAAGCUUAAUAGCUGAAUAUUUGUAGCAUGUUAGUUCAGGUGGAAUGAAAAUCUCUUGAAGUAAUUUUAACAUAGUUUAUGGUCAGACAUUCACCUAACUAAAAUACUAAGCCUUUUUUGAAUCAAACUGUUGAAGAAAAAGCGACCUUUUUGCUGGAGGAUAGAGUUAGGCCUGUACCUUGUACUUCUACCAGAGUUUUCAAUUUCCGAAGCCUGUUCAUCAAAACCACGCUGUUUUGUUAAUUAUGUUAAUAUCCUGUUUUUUAAAGCUGUCUCAGCCAAGACAUAUGUAUAAAGUUUAGAGGGUUCUCCUUAGACUAGAGAUGAUUUUAAUCAAGUGGACAGGGGAGGAGAGGCUGUUGGGUCAAGACCACAGUACUGAGAGUGUACUGUGCUGGUUGGUGGGUGGGCUGAGUCAGAACAGAUGGGUUCCCUGACUCUGCUGCUGCUACCUCACCAUGCCCUGGGCAAACCUUGUAUCUCCUCUAGUUCCUGGUGUUUUAAUUUCAAAAAGAGCAUUUAACUCCCUCCUAUGGUAUAGGUUGGCUGCUUCUUUAUGAAUAACCUUGUACCUCAAUUGACUCCUGCUUACGUAAAACAUGGCAGGACUUUCAUUACAAUUAAAAUAAUUUUUUUUUCUUUAUAGCUAGGAAAAAGUCACAUCUUAUAUAAAUUAUAACUGAAAAUGGAAGCUUAACUCUGUUUCCUAGCACUUUGUGAAUGGGAGCUUUGGCGGGGGCGUGGAGAGUGCCCUAUCACUCCUGAGACUGAGUUGUGUAUGCAAAUGGACUAUUAUUGAUGCAGGUGUGUGUCAUGUUAGGAACCUUCAUGUUAGUCAAAGAUAAUCCUAAUUAUUCUGGUUAUCUUAAUUAUCUUUAUGACCAGAUAUUACUAACCAGGGAUAGAUUGACAGUGAGCUAAAAUACUUGGUCCAUUUUUUUUUUCUCAACUUAAUGACUGCCAAUUUCACUCAUUUUGAAGACACUAGAAACAAAAAUCGCUGGGAUGAGUACAUGCCACAGUAAAGCUAUUGAAAGCCUUGAAGAUAUCCAGGUAUUUUGCAAAGUAUGUAUGGGUCACAGGUUUUAUGAGUGUGUGUUUAUGUAGGUUGGUAUUUCCUGUUUCCUGGAAUUCUCUUUCAUUCCCUACUCACAUAAUAGGUUCUCUAAAAAGUUCAGCAUAGGUACAAGCCAGUGGUGGGAUAUUUUCUACUGGGCUCAUUUGAACGGGAAAUGAUAUUUAUCUUUAAAGCAUUGUAAAUAUUAAUGACAUUUGUCACUACCUAAUGCUUAAUUUUAUUUUUAAAACUUCCUAAGAUUUCUCUGUUGAAGAUUCUAAACUUACUUGUUGUAGAUGAAAAAGAAAAUUUGUUUUUAUUAACCCUAACCCAGUUAACCCUAGAAAGCAACAUUUUAAAUGAAUGUCUGCUUGCCGGCAGUCUAGAUGGACAUGAUUUGGGUGUAGAACUGGCCACCUUGUGGAACACUCACGAGAAGCACGAAUGGGGCUGAAGGAGGAUUGUUGUUUCCAGAAGCCAAUCAGUGAAGUAAGAAAUUCUGACACAUUUCUGAAGAGCAAAACUCUUGUUGAUCUCUGCGCAAAUGUCUGCUCCACAUCUGUUAAUGGAAGGAACUCCUGAACUCUCAGGGUGAGACCUGAGCUCCUCAGUUCAGGAAUAAAGACUUUGGCCUUACCUUUGUCAUAACUGAACCACAGUGAGAAAGACUGGAGAAUGAAGUUUCCAUGGUGAAGAUCCUCUGCUGUUCACACUCUAAGGGCUAAAAGAGCUCUGGGUCUUCCAGGAGAAACUGUCUUGAAAGAGCUUUUAGAAAGAACUUUUCCCUCGGGACAUCCUUGGUGGUCCAGCGGUUAGGAACCCGCCUUGCAGUGUGGGGGAUGAGGGUUUGAUCCCUGGGGCAGGAAGAUCCCACAUGGUAGCCCGUGUGCUACCAACUCCUGAGCCUGUGAGCUCCGGAGCCGGUGCACCACAGCUAGAGAGGGCGUGGCAAAGAAUUCAAGGUGUUUUUUUGUUUUGUUUUGUUUUUUCUUUUUUUGGUUCAGAAGGUGCUCUGGAGUCUUGCAGAUGUAACCCUUAUAGUUGAGUGUACAUACAGGAUUCCUGGGUUCUGGAUAAUGAGAGAUUUAUUUGAUAUGUAGGACUCCGUUUGCACACAGCAGUGGUUUAAGGGUAUGUGUUCACAGUUAUGUGCUGUGAAGUCCCAUUUACUUAACAUCGUAACACAAGUUAUUUUAAUAACUGAUUUUAAUCCCACCCUUUGUUUUUUCUCUUCUUCAGUAUCUGGUCCUCAUGGCUUGGCUGCUCCCCUCCUCAUACUUUUUAAUCACAUAGUAAAUUGUAAUGUAAUUGAACAAGCCUGAUUUAUUAUUACUUCUGACAAAAGAUGAAAAUUACACAAAUAUUCUUUGUAGGCUCUAAAGCCAUGUUGACUCAAAUGUGUACCUGAUCUAUUUAUUUGCAUUCUUUCUUUUGGUACGUUUGCCUUCAUCCAUCUCAUAAUUUUUAGGCAGUGGGCAUCUUUAUGUCAUUUCCAUGUUUUCAAUAAUGGAUACUUUGACAUCUAUCAGCCUGUGAAUUGAAGUUUCAUUUUGAAAUGGGGAAAACAAGGUAAUAUAUUUGCUCCAUGAGGAAACAGCUGAUUUAGGAGAAAAACUUAUCUUUAUUAAGUUGAGAUAUUUUAGCUAAGAAAAAUAUGGGUCAUUUUUUUUUUUUAAUGGUUCCAGCAAUUCCCAGGAGAAUGGGUGGGGCCAGCCUUUCAGAUUUACAACCCAGCUGCAAUGAGUCAUGCCGCCUAGCUCAUUCUAUUCCCAAGCGUGCAAUGAAUGCAGAAAAAUGGUGUGAAGGUCAUAAUCAUCAAAUCAGUUGCAUUGUGUUCUGCAGAAGAUCCUGGCUGGAAGUGAGAAGGUGGGAGGGUACCAGAAAGUAACUGAUAAUGUAAAGAAUCUAAAUAGAAAUUUCCUUGAGUCAUGCAUUUUGUAAAACCUUACACUAUCUGUUUAACAAGACACAGGUUAAAUCACUCCCCUUGGGGUAAUAAGACAGAUUAAAACACACAAUUUACAGCUACAGCCUAGUUGAAAUGAUUCCUUAUCCAUUUUUGCUUCACUUACACUUAGUUGCUUUUUUAGUGGUUAGGGAAUAAAUAGGAAAAAUGUAACCAUAAUAUCAGAGAAUAAGGUAUAAUUAUUUAUGUAUGUGGACUGUGAUGUUUAUGAAGUGACUAUGUACAUACCAUAAUAUAUGUUCAAUAUGGAGUGUGGCUAAUGAAAGAUUUUUCUGUUUCAUCUUGUUUAUGAUGACACUGUAUUUAAAGUAUGGGUCAGAUAAGCUCAUGUUACUGUACUAUUUGCUUGAAAUGCUCUUGUCUUAAUACUAGCUAAUUAGAAAUAAAAAUUUAACAGUCUUUAUGUAUAUGAAAGGUCUUUUUUCUCAUGUAUAGCGUUGU